AUGGAUCUGCAGAGGACGGCAAACUUGCCUGUGCCAGACCUGUACCUCUCAAGGAUGCGCUGGGCCGGAAUUUUCAGGCUGAUGAUGAUCUUGAGUUUUCCAGCCCUGGCCUUUGCGACGACCACUGGUGUGUGGGAAGAGGUCUCAGCGGCAGGGUCCGCCCCUGCCCCACGGGCGUAUGGUGCCACGGCGUGGAGCCAGAGCCAAGAACGAAUCUACGUAUUUUCAGGUCAUGGCCCCAGUCCUGACUUUGUACGACUGAAUGAUCUUCAUUUCUACAGUACAGCAGCAGCCACAUGGCAGCAGCUUACUCCCACUGGUUCCCCACCUGGUAACCGAACCAAAACAGUUGCGGUCUGGAACCCUUCCGCAGAGCAGAUGUAUGUUUUCGGAGGGGCCGGGGAGAUCAACGCGCCGUUUUUGAACGACCUCUGGGCUUACAAGAGCCAAGAUGAUGCAUGGGAGCAGCUUUCUCCCAGCGGCUCUCCACCUAGUGAACGCCACGGCCAUUCGGCCGUUUGGGACGAUUCCGAAAACCGGAUGUACGUUUUUGCGGGUUUGCAGGAUUCGCCACGAAAAAGAAUGCAAGACCUCAGCUACUACCACAGCACAAGUAAUUCUUGGCAGAGCCUUUCACCAGGAGGAACCACGCCGGGUAGGCGGCAUCUGCAUGCUGCUGUGUGGAGCCCGGAUGAGAAGCGAAUGUAUAUCUUCGCCGGCAAGACGUAUUCCUCAUAUGUGAAUGACCUACACUACUACGAUGCCACUCUUGACCAAUGGCAGGAGGUCAGUCCUGGUGGCACAGUGCCAACUAUCAGGGCAGGGCACUCCGCUGUCUGGGACACUAACGAGAACAAGAUGUGUAUAUUCGGAGGCAUUGAUUCCGGUGAGAAUUACCUGAACGACCUCCAUUGCUACAUUCGUUCGACCAAUUUGUGGGAGGAGUUUUUCCCAAUGGCUUCUUCCUCUCCACCAGCGGCGCGUUCCUACCACCGGGCCGUGUUGAACCCUUCCGAGGGUAAGAUGUACAUUUUGGAAGGCCGUGGCGAGAACGAUCAUUGGCAUAAUGACUUGCAUACGUAUCAGAUGUUUCUACCGACCACGACAGGUACCACCACAUCUCUCUCAGUGACGACGACCACUACCGAUUCUAGCACAAGUGCGACCGCGACGACAACAACAACUGAGACCAGUUCGUCGUCAAGCGCAACCACCACAUCCCCAACUUCAACGACCUCCACAUUGACAACUUUCUCAAGUACAACAACACCCACCACAUCUGCAAGUUCAACGACCUCGACAUCGACAGCUCCCACAAGCACGACUACUCUCACCACAUCUUCGGUUUCAACGACCUCCACAUUUACAGCUUCCACAAGUACAUUUGCACUCACCACAUCUUCAAUUUCAACCACCUCCACAUCGACUACAGCUACAAGUACAACCACCGUAUCUUCGACGACCUCAAAAACUACCAGGACAAGUGCAAGUGCCACAGUCCCGGAGACUACCACCACAACCCCGACGAGCACGACUACUUCGACAGCGCAAACGAUUGCAACCACCUCAGGUGCCAGUGCAAGCACAACGACAACAAUCUCUACGACAAGUUCAUCGUCAGGCUCGUCUUCUUCGACGAUAUCCACGGUGACAGUUUCUGCAACUACAAGCACAACCACCACGUUUUCAAUGACCUACACAUACGCAGUCACGACGACUGCCACACUGACAAGCACGACGACGGAGACGACGUCCACCGUCUCAGCGACCACUGCGACCACUACUUCGAGGACCGCGGUCACCACUAGUGGGACCAGCGCAACGCGCACCGGAACCAUGUCAACGUCAACGUCGACUGGCACUCUCACCACAAGUUUGUCAAGCAGCACCUCCAGGACUGCUACCACGACCACGAGGACAUGGACAGUUGCAGACCUUGCGGCAGUCACUGAGUCGUUACAGGCCGAGACAGAGAGCGUCGUGGAGGAGCUCUUGAGCUCCGGGAGCCAAAAGGCCACGACAGUUACGGCGAUGGGCACGGUCACUGCCGUGGCCCUGAACAUCUCAAGCCCAGUCAUCGAAGUCGAGGCGGAAGAGAGCCCAGCUGCCGUCAUCUUGCCGCAAGAAGCCCUGCCAGUUCAGGGCAACGUGGAUGCCGAACGCAUCUUGACAGUAGUUCCCCUGACAGGGGCAGCCUCCAAAACCACCCUUGGCGAGGGCAGCAAGGCGGAGUUCGGAGGGAGAUCCGUGGAGCUCGCAGUGGACGCCGUGGACGUGUCGCUCUUCGAAGUGCUCGGUGGCAAGUCCUCCGAAAUUUCCAUCGAUGAUGCCCCAAGCCCGAUCUUUCUGCGGCUCUCUGACCAGAAUCCAGAGCCCGAAUGGCGCUGCGCCUAUCUGGACGGAGAGGUCUGGUCUCGAGAGGGUGUGCGUCUGGCCUCUGCAGCGGAGAUUUCUGCCCUGUACGGCGACUCCGUCAACACCUCUGGAGUGUGGUGUGCCACAACCCAUCUCUCCAUUUUCGGCAUUCUGAUCGACACCUUGCUCGAUUGCACCAACCUGAACGUGUUGUCACAAGAAGGGCUCGAGCAGGUCUUCCAGCGCACCACCUGGUGGAAGCUCUUGCCCGCCGUUUCCUUGUGGUUGCUUACUGCUGCCCUACUGUUCCUUGUGCUAGUGGGCGUGGCUCAAGAUGCCAAGAUGCGACGGGCAGGCUUCUGGCGCGAUGAGUACUUCCUGACUGAGGUGGCGCCGGUCUCGGUCACGGUGGAGAUGUCACGAGCGAUGAGCAGCACCAGCCGACAGAUGUCUCGUGUGAUGAGCUGGAUGAAUGCAGGAAGCGCAGAGAAAUCGGACGGGGAUGUGGACAGCAAAGCCGAUAGACAACGAAUUCUGACGUUGCGGCCAAGCCUGAGACAGCAGCUGCAGGAGACGUUGCAGUGUCAGAACACCCUGCGCGCCGCGGCGCGACUGCAUGGCCUGCAUGGCAGCACCAUUCAGUCGCACAUCUGGGGUCAGACCGGAUGGGUCCAGGGGAGCCUAGCAGUUGCAAGGUCUCCACUGCUGAAUAAGCUGGUGCUUGAGAUGGAGGUGACAUUGCCCUCAAUGUACCUGGCUGUGCACUCCUCUUUCUGGGCGCGCUGCUGGUCCACCUGCUUGGUGAUGCAUCCCUUCUACGAGCUGUUCCAAUGGGACAUCCACAUCUCUGCAGCCAAGAGGGCCAAGGUUACCAUGGAUAGCUUUCUGGGCGCAUUGGCCUUUGCUGCGAUAUUCUUCUCUGUGGACGGUUCAGCGGUCGCCAGCAGACGACCCUCGGAGUGUCCUGUGCCGCAGGGCUCAGUGCUGUGGUACGUGUUGGCUUCCUCGGUUGCCGUGCUGCUGAAUUCGGUGCCUUGUGGCCUGGCACGAUCGCUGGCGCACCGGAGCUUCGUCCAGGCGAGCCCGAACCGCAGGAGGCAGUUGCGGGUGCGGCUCUUCUGGGACACCGCGUUUUGGGCAGUCGGCUUCUGCCUUUCCAUCCUCCAUCUGCUGAUCAUCGUGGCUUUCCUGGCGAAUUUGGGGGAGGAACACGAGUGGAAGUGGAUGACGUCCUUUGCCUUCGUGGUGCUGCGCAAGUUGUUCGUGGUGCCACUCCUCGCGUGCAUCAUCAGCCUAGGACCCGAGUUGCUCUGCUGUGCUUGCGCGGCCUCACCCAGAAUGGCGCCGAAGAGCUUUGGCCUGGAUAUGGAGCUGCUGGAUGAGCCCAAAGUUCAGGAUGACACGGAGCUGAAGGAGAAGACGCCGUGGGAUGAGAAGGUGGAAGAGUUGGCCGGGCGGGGCAUCACCGUUCGUCAGCUCUUGGACUUCUACAGCUUGCUGGGGUCGGAGGACGUGAUGCCAGGCUUCGACCCAGUCGAGUCAACCACGCACGACGUCGUUCGGCAGGCGAUUAUACCUUUGUCACUGAACAUCCACCCGUCCCGUGCCUUCCAAGUCGUGCUGCAUGGCAUCUCCCAGAGAGGGAAGGUAGUCAAUCUGCACGCAGCAUCCAUCUUCUGCACGGUGCUUCGUGACGCCGUGCCGAAGCCCUGGAAAGUAAGCGUCACCGGUCCCGUGGAGCCUGGGGAAGCCUUCCUCGUGGAAGGCAUUGUUGCAGAAGAGGCUUUGCAAAUUCGCAUUCAGGACGAUGAAGCUUCCGAGGAAGGCAAUGCCAAGAUGCUGACCUUGAGCAGCCGCCUGUUCUGGAACGGCUGCCAGAGCGAGCUGGAGGUGGAGAACGACUCCGGCCUGUUUAUGAGCCUCUCCAUUUCGGUGUGGCGUGGAUCCAGCGUCACCGACUUGGAAGGUUUUUCCAGCGCAGGCGGUGAAGAGGAGGACUUGACGACCUUCGACAUUCCUGCCGAGCACCAGGGUCGGGGCAGGGCCCUGCAGCUCACGAAUCACUCGCAGGACGAUGCUGAAGGUGGUGCUAGAGAGGACACCGGAGACGGAAGGUCUCGGCACGCGCAGCUCGACCUUGCGUACAGCUGCGGCUUGACGGCCUGCGUGGCCUGCAUGGACGAGGAGCCGGCUAGCACGAGCGACCCGCAGGCGUGCAUAUCUCAGGUGGAGCUCUUCGGAUGUUCUUCGAUUCCGGUCGACAGUGACGAGCACAGCACCCCGAGUCAGGUGUUGGGCUUUUCUUACGCGACGAGCGUGAACAACGGCGAGCCGCAGAUGGCAAUUCGGAUGGUCACGCACAGCUGGGGCAACAAGUUCACCUAUUUGCUGAGCGCCAUCUUCUCAGAUGCCUUGGAGGCCGAAACCUACGAUGGCGUGGCAGAUCUCCUCAGGCACGGCAAGCUGGAUCGACUCGCAGAAAAGCUCCGGAAUGUGGGGAAGCUCGAUGUUCCCUACUGGGUGUGUGCCUUCUCCGUGAACCAGCAUGCAGGAAUUUGCGCCACACCUCCGCCCACAGACACCACAGGAUACCCCAUCAUUCCCUGUGGGUGCACUAGGGCGAAGCACUUUUCUGGAGAUCUCAGCGAGAUGAACAAGUUCGACGACAUGAUGGCCUUUUUGAAGAGAUACCUGCGCGAGAAGUCCAUCCGGGAGCUCAGCCACGUUCGGCUGCAGCAGGUGGUGGCAAUGGAGGUGAAUUUUUCCUUGCUCACGCGCGUGUGGUGCGUUGCCGAGCUCGUGGAAGCGAACAACCUGCAUCUCACGCAAACGAUCAAGCUCCACUCGGGUGCAUCCCAGCGGAGCUGCCUGGAUAAGAUCAUGGACCUGGACGUGGCGGAGGCCCAGGCCUCCUUCCCCGCAGACAAAGAGCUAGUCCUCAGCAAGAUUGAGGACAUCCCCGCCUUCAACAACAGGCUGCAGAACCUCUUACUUCACCGCUUGGAGGGUUUCCUGGGCAGCAGGGCCGUGGGCGCUGCGAAUUGCCUGGAUGAGGUAGUCCUCGCCGUCCUUCAGAUAAUGAUGUGA